CCACCUAACCUGUCAGAAGCGAAGCAGUGGAUUCGCGACCGUGAGCAAUUAUUUGGCUACAUACGUUGGUUUCGGUUACUUGCACGAUCUUACUCGUGCUCAUCGCUGCGCAGGACGCAGAGAUAGCGAAUAAGAAAGUUCCGACAGUAAAUUUCCCGUGUAGGAGGAACGCAACGUUAACAACGCGCGUUCGAACAUUCGCGGAGCAAAACUGGCCAGCAUCGGGUUUUCACACGAAAGUCGUCUCUCGACCGUUCCUUCCUGUUAUGCGGUGGUGAACAUCGACAGUGAAAUUGUAGUAGCACAUAGUAACAGUGACGCUCACUCGACAAACAAAUAGGAGCAGAAUGUCUGGCCAUAGAAGUGGAGGUGCUGGAAGUCAUCAAGGUGGUCCUCCUGGCCUCAAACAGAUUGAUCUGGAUCAAAUCUGGGGAGAUUUACGCGAAGGCAUAGAACAAGUUUACAAUAGACAAUGCAUGUCAAAACCACGAUACAUAGAGCUGUACACACAUGUAUAUAAUUAUUGCACAAGCGUUCAUCAACAAUUGACUAGGACGACGACUAAGAGUAAAAAAGGACAAAUUCAACAAGGAGGUGCACAAUUAGUAGGAUUGGAACUGUAUAAACGUCUGCGUGAAUUUCUUAGGAAUUAUCUUAUUAGUUUACUCAAGCAUGGAAUUGAUUUGAUGGAUGAGGAUGUUUUGCAAUUCUACACAAGACAAUGGGAGGAAUAUCAGUUUAGUAGUAAAGUGCUAAAUGGUGUAUGUGCAUAUCUCAAUCGUCAUUGGGUACGCAGAGAAUGUGAGGAGGGUCGCAAAGGAAUUUACGAAAUUUACCAAUUAGCAUUGGUUACUUGGCGAGAUAAUUUAUUUAAGCAUUUAAACAGACAGGUUACAAAUGCAGUGCUUAAAUUAAUUGAACGAGAACGUAAUGGUGAAACAAUAAAUACUCGAUUAGUUAGUGGUGUCAUCAAUUGUUAUGUAGAAUUGGGUCUAAAUGAAGAAGAUCCAGGUGCUAAGGGACAAAAUCUAACAGUGUACAAAGAUUCCUUUGAGAAUAUCUUCCUUGAGGAUACAGAACGAUUUUAUACUCGUGAAAGCUUAGAAUUCCUUAGACAAAAUCCCGUAACAGAAUAUAUGAAAAAGGCGGAACAGAGGUUAUUGGAAGAACAAAAGCGAGUGCGCGUUUACUUGCAUCAGACGACUCAUGAACGACUGGCAAAAACAUGCGAGAGAGUACUUAUUGAUAAACACAUGGACAUAUUUCAUUCAGAAUUCCAGAAUCUGUUGGACGCCGAUAAGAAUACAGAUCUAGGCAGAAUGUAUCAGUUGGUGGCGAGAAUACCGAAUGGCCUUGUAGAGCUGAGACAUCUCUUGGAAAGUCACAUUGCUAAUCAGGGACUUGCUGCUAUAGAUAAGUGUGGCGAUUCCGCAGCUAAUGAUCCGAAAAUUUAUGUAAACACAAUCUUGGAGGUGCACAAAAAGUAUAACGCUUUAGUGCUGGUUGCAUUUAAUAAUGAUAGCGGCUUUGUAGCGGCUUUGGACAAGGCUUGUGGAAAAUUUAUCAAUAGCAAUUCUGUCACAAGAGCGGCAAACAGCAGCAGUAAAUCGCCUGAGUUAUUAGCUAAAUAUUGCGACUUGUUACUCAAGAAGAGCAGUAAAAAUCCGGAAGAAGCGGAACUUGAAGAUACUCUUAAUCAAGUUAUGGUUGUAUUUAAAUAUAUCGAAGACAAAGAUGUAUUCCAAAAAUUCUAUAGUAAGAUGUUGGCGAAACGGUUGGUACAACACAUGUCUGCUAGUGACGACGCAGAGGCUUCCAUGAUUUCUAAGUUGAAGCAAGCUUGUGGAUUUGAGUAUACUUCAAAGUUGCAGCGCAUGUUCCAGGAUAUCGGUGUAUCGAAAGAUCUAAAUGAGGCAUUCAGAAGGCAUUUGACAAAUUCUGCUGAACCUUUGGACAUAGAUUUCAGUAUACAGGUUUUGUCCUCAGGUUCAUGGCCAUUCCAACAAUCCUUUACAUUUUCUUUGCCAACAGAGCUAGAAAGAUCUGUACAUAGGUUUACCACUUUCUAUAGUUCGCAACACAGUGGCAGAAAGUUAAAUUGGUUGUAUAAUAUGUCUAAAGGGGAGCUACAUACAAACUGUUUUAAAAACAGAUACACAUUGCAAGCGUCGACUUUCCAAAUGGCAGUUUUGUUAGCGUACAAUGGAUCUACAUCGUGGACAAUACAACAAUUGCAAUAUGCAACACAAAUUAAAAUGGAUUUUUUACUACAGGUUAUUCAAAUACUUUUGAAAGCCAAGCUUUUAACUGCAGCUAGUGAUGACGUAGCUGAAUUGACCCCGUUAUCGACGGUAGAACUUUUUACGGGAUACAAAAAUAAAAAAUUAAGAGUAAAUAUUAACAUCCCAAUGAAGACGGAAUUGAAAGUUGAACAAGAAACCACACACAAACACAUAGAAGAAGAUAGGAAACUUUUGAUUCAAGCAGCAAUUGUUAGAAUUAUGAAAAUGCGGAAAGUAUUGAAGCAUCAACAAUUGGUAGCAGAAGUAUUAAACCAAUUAAGUUCUAGGUUCAAGCCCAGAGUACAUGUUAUUAAGAAAUGUAUAGAUAUUUUAAUUGAAAAAGAAUAUUUGGAACGCACAGAGGGUCAAAAGGACACUUACAGCUACCUGGCAUGAUCAGUCGAUUUAGGACAACGAUACAGCAGCAGUCGUAUACUCGAAAAAAAUAAUCUUAUACUAUCAUUGCUAUAUACCCAUCAGAAUAUUUAUUUAAGUCUCGAAUGUAUAAUUUUAUUCUGUACAUGGAUGCCUUUGUACCCUGUUGUCCUUCUGGUCGCAUUUAAAUAGUCUGGCUGUUUAUGAAAUAAUUUCAUUAACGUCUUUAUAUAAAAAUUUUAAUUAAAUUAUUUCAUAAAUGUCAAAGAGAAUAUGUGCUAGAUGUGUUACUGUCUAUGCUAUCUUUCACAUAAAAAAAA